CCGAAGUUUCUCCCGUUUCCUUCCCUCCUGGCCAUCCCUGGCGUCUUCCGUUUAGUCUGUUGGCCGAGAUCUCCAUCUGUCUGUUCCCACGUGUCCACUUGGAAGGGCAGUUUUUGUUCCUUCUUUCCUAACCCUCGCCGCUUGCCUUCCUCUCCUCCCGUUCCUGCUGUCCUGUCACCCUCUCCUCUUCCUCCCCUUUCCCGUUCCUCAGAAGCCUUUGUUCCUGAGCGCUUCUGUUUCUGACAGGACCUGCGUAGGAAACGGAAGUCAGGCAACACUUUAAUAGUGAGGAACAGUUGUUGUUAGGUGUACCCAACUCCACAGGAAAACUUAGUUUCUCUUGCACCAAAUUAACCUUCUUUGAAUUGUCCUUUGCUUCACUCUUCUAUGUAGACCUUUCUGUCAUUUUGUCACACUUCCCAAUGUUUCAUUCGUGGAGGACGUGUCUUGUCUUACGUAGAGCUCGUGCAGAGUAGGUAUUCUGUGUGCCCACAGACAUUCAGCCUGCACUUAGAUCACAGUUGAGGACCCUCACGAAUCUACUGGCUUGGGGAUGCAGUACAGUAUCUGCAUUGUUUUCUCAUCGUGUUGUUGUUAAGGUUUUGUAUAAGUUCUGAAGUCUGGUUGGUAAAUCAUAUCAGUAGAAGGCCAAAUAAAGGGACCUUCCCCCCCUUAUACAGUGUGUAUUUUCUAAGUUUGAACUUGUUGCUUAUCUUUCAUAAUAGGUUUUCUCCAUUUCCUGUGCUUAAAUGAUGCCCCCCCAUGGAACCCAAGGCCUUGUGCUUGCAAAGCUCAUGCUGUACCACAUCUGCAGCUCUUAAAUAACUUCUUUGGUUAAGUGAAGCGUAGCUCUUGUCUAUUUUUUGUAUUUUAUUUGUGUCUGACGGUAGAUGGGGUCCUGAUGACACAUGGAAGCUGAAAUGAAUUGCCUCUUAACCAGAGCCUAUAAAUCAGAUCUUAAAGCCAGAGAAUGGCAGGUGAACAAAAACCUUCAAGUAACCUCCUGGAACAGUUUAUUUUAUUAGCCAAAGGUACCAACGGGUCAGCCCUGACUGCUCUCAUAAGCCAGGUAUUGGAGGCUCCUGGAGUGUACGUCUUUGGAGAAUUACUGGAGCUGGCCAACGUUCAGGAGCUUGCAGAAGGAGCUAAUGCUGCUUACUUGCAGUUGCUGAACUUGUUUGCCUAUGGGACGUACCCGGACUACAUAGCCAACAAGGAGAGCCUGCCAGAACUGAGCACAGCCCAGCAGAACAAGCUGAAACACCUUACCAUCGUGAGCCUGGCAUCAAGGAUGAAGUGUAUCCCCUACUCUGUGCUGCUGAAGGACCUGGAGAUGAGGAAUCUCCGGGAACUGGAAGACCUCAUCAUCGAGGCCGUCUACACUGACAUCAUCCAGGGCAAGCUGGACCAGCGGAACCAGCUGUUAGAAGUGGAUUUCUGCAUUGGCCGUGACAUCCGAAAGAAGGAUAUCAAUAACAUUGUCAAGACCUUGCAUGAAUGGUGCGAUGGCUGUGAAGCGGUCCUGCUAGGCAUCGAGCAGCAAGUUCUGAGAGCCAACCAGUACAAGGAGAACCACCACCGCACGCAACAGCAGGUGGAGGCGGAGGUUACCAACAUUAAGAAGACGCUGAAGGCCACCGCAUCCUCCUCGGCUCAGGAAAUGGAGCAGCAGCUGACUGAGCGGGAGUGCCCGCCGCAUGCCGAGCAGAGGCAGCCCGCUAAGAAGAUGUCCAAAGUGAAAAGUCUAGUCUCCAGCCGCCACUAGGGCCAGCUGGGGCAGCUGGCACUCACCAGGCCUGGGUCCGGUGGGGAGGGGACACUGCGGGCCUAUUUCCUCCACCUCUCUAGCCGCAGAGAGUUCCAGACCUGCCCGCCCCUCACUAGCGCAUCCCCACCCGUUGGCACUGUUCCAGAAAAGCCGCCGCCCCUGCCUGCCCCACACACCCCUUCCCCAGCUGGUCCCUUCAGACUCAGGGGCUGCACGGAUGCCAUCCUUCCAGGGUCGGCGCUGCGGCCCCCUCCACGAGGUCCUUACCUCUGCGUGGGGUGCGCCUCCCUCCUGGUCGUGCUUUUGCUCCGUGUCCUUUUGUCAGGCUGGUCCCAUGCGGGGGCAGCUUUACCCUUAACCAGCCUGCAGGGAUGAGCGCACCGGCCCCUCCCUGCACGAGGAGGGGCUUCUCUGCCCCCUCCCCCAGUUCCCACCAUGGUGCAGGUGACCUCUAGCUAGGUACCCACCCACUCUGCUCCCCACCUGCCUUAGCCCUGCUGGCAGCUCCAGGUGAGCCGCAGAGGGGUGUGGUGCUGGGCUGUGUUUACUCAACCUGCGGGUUUCAGCCUCUCCAGUCCAGCUCGCAUCCCUCGAGAGUGGGAGCUUGGGGUUGACUGAGCCGGCGUCCGAGCGGAGGGAGGGUACUGUGGGUCUGCGGCUGGCGGAAGCUGUGCCCGUUGGUGGCCUCUGCUGGCACUCAUCCCGUUCCCUCUGACCGCUCAGCCUUCAGUUGCCGUGGGCCCAGCUGCCCCUAGCUGACAGCGCCUGCUCCCCUGGCCGCGCCUGUGGUGGAGAUGGUGGCCCGAGCCCCCUCAGCCUGGUGAAAGACUCGCUGCUCUGUCCCGACUCUUGGCUGGUGACCCGAAGCCUUCUGACCACAGCGUACUCCUGGCCAGAGAAAGGACUUGACUAGACUUUCUGAACUUGAACAGUUUCAGGUUAUAUUUUAAUUUUUUUUUGUACAGGUUGAUUCUAAUACAUUUCAACAUGGUUUUUC